AUGGCUAUAGAGAUUGAGCAACCCUCUCCCUCUGUUGAGCUAUCAAAAAUAGCUGUUUCUGAUACUCAUGGAGAAGAUUCUCCAUAUUUUGCAGGCUGGAAAGCAUACGAUGAAAACCCUUACGAUGAAUCCAGUAACCCUUCUGGAGUUAUACAGAUGGGACUUGCAGAGAAUCAAGUUUCAUUUGAUUUGGUGGAAGAGUACCUGGAGCAACAUCCAGAAGCUUCCAACUUGGGAUCAAAAGGGUUUCGAGAAAAUGCUUUGUUUCAAGAUUACCAUGGCCUUUUGUCUUUCAGAAAGGCGAUGGCAAGUUUCAUGGAGCAAAUCAGAGGAGGAAGAGCCAAGUUUGACCCUAGUAGGAUAGUCCUCACUGCUGGUGCAACCGCAGCAAAUGAGCUGUUGACUUUCAUUCUUGCUAAUCCUGGUGAUGCUUUGCUGGUUCCUACCCCAUACUACCCAGGAUUUGAUAGAGACUUGAGGUGGAGGACUGGAGUGAAUAUUGUACCAAUCCACUGUGACAGCUCCAACAGUUUCCAGAUUACUCCUCAAGCUUUAGAAGCUGCAUAUAAGGAAGCAGAGAAUAAGAACAUGAAAGUGAGAGGGGUGCUAAUUACGAAUCCAUCCAAUCCAUUAGGUGCAACAAUUCAAAGGGUAGUCCUUCAGAAGAUUCUUGACUUUGUCACCAUAAAGAACAUCCAUCUUGUUUCUGAUGAAAUCUACUCAGGAUCCGCAUUCUCAUCUUCCGAAUUUGUAAGCAUUGCCGAGAUUCUUGAAGCCCAGCAAUAUAAAGAUGCUGAAAGAGUUCACAUUGUUUACAGUCUUUCCAAGGACCUUGGUCUUCCCGGUUUCCGAGUUGGCACAGUAUACUCAUACAAUGACAAGGUUGUAACAACGGCAAGAAGAAUGUCUAGCUUCACCUUAAUAUCUUCUCAAACACAACAACUCUUGGCUUCCAUGUUAUCCGACAAGGAGUUCACCGAAAAUUACAUCAAAAUCAAUAGAGAGAGGCUGAGGAAGAGAUAUGAUAUGAUCAUUGAAGGCUUAAAGAGCUCCGGAAUUGAGUGUCUGAAGGGUAAUGCUGGCUUGUUUUGCUGGAUGAAUUUGGGUCCAUUCUUGGAUACACCAACAAGGGAAGGUGAACUGGCUAUUUGGAAUUCUAUGAUGUAUGAGGUGAAGCUAAAUAUAUCUCCAGGUUCUUCUUGCCAGUGCUCUGAACCAGGUUGGUUCAGGGUGUGCUUUGCCAACAUGAGUGAACAGACACUUGAAGUGGCACUGAAGAGAAUACACAAGUUCAUGGAACAACGAGAGAGAAGACACUAG